AUGGAUGAAGACGACGAUUUAUUCGGAUCCGAUUUAGAUGAUGAUGAAAAGAGGGACAAAGGAAGUCCUGAGGACAAGAAAUUUUUCUUUCGAAAGGAACUGCGAUCCAUGCUAUACGGGUUUGGCGAUGACAAAGUUCCGUAUGACAAAACGUUAGAGACGCUCGAGGGAAUAGUUUUGGACUACAUAAAGGAACUCUGUGAACGAGCCAUGAAUGUUGGGAAACCAGAUAGAAUUGCUCUAGAGGAUAUUCAUUACUUGAUUCGGAGGGAUCCUAAGAAGUUUGCUAGAGUGAAGGAUCUUCUAUCAAUGAGUGAAGAACUAAAGAAGGCUCGCAAACAGUUCGAUGAUGUUAAACAACUUUAA